UACGUACACGCAUUUUCUGCAUCACCACCACUAAGACCACCACACGACCUUUGUAUUCCAUGGCUCUCCGCGGCGCUCCUCCUCACUCAGGCCCGGCCUACAUUCCCCAGAGCCAGUCCCAGCUCCGUGCCAAAAAUGACCCUAACGAGUCCGCCUUCUCGCGCUUCAUCCGCACGGAAAUCAUGGCCCCCGAGAAACUGAGCGGUAACAUCAGCCUGGUGACCGGUGUCGGGGCCUUCGUGGCUGGAAUUGUGGUUAUACGAACAUGGGGCGAGAUGAUGAUCCCAGCCUAAAAUCUAGACGCGGCGCGACACGCAGCUCUGCCAUCUUACUGUUCACCUUGCUGCCUCAAAUCCCAUCCCAUAUCAUCUGUAUAUUACAUAUUGCAAGCCGAGACAUGCAAGAAUCUUUAAUGAAUGCGUACUUUGCACACCGUGUUAUGAAUUCACGGUCGUGCUUCAACGGUCUACCUCUCCAUUCGCCUACCUCUCUGCUCUCGUGGUCCCUCUGCUGGAGGUAUCCCCAUACCGGCUAGACGUGACCGGGCAAAGGAGUUGGGAGUCAAGGGCAUCUGCAUAACGCUCACAACGGAGUCGUGCCGAGGCGAGGAACUAGACAAGCCCAAUUUCGGCCUGGAGACAGGACGCGGGAGACGAGAACCGAGGGACUGUGACCGUUUGAGAUUGCUGGGGAUACUCGGUGGUGUAACGACGAUUCUGAAUGUGGGAGGAUCGCCCACCCUGGAGCCGCUGGAGUGGCUCAUGCGCGAUUCCACGGAGUGAUCUUUCCUGCGCGACUGUGCGGCUGAGGCGGCGGGUGGAGACCCAGGGCCGGCACUGGGAGAGCGUGGUAGAGGCUUGCUCUCUCCUUGAGGCUGUCCGUCAGUACAUGAGACUGAAAAGCACGGACCACGCACGGGCGGAUCGCCAGGCACCCUGAGAGUUUGAGCGUGCUCUGCCAAUCUCGCGCUGAGAAGAUAGAGUGUCGAACGGGCCGCACCUUUCUUCUCUUAUGCAUCGUAAAGGCACUGCCGCAUUCAGUCGUGACGGAGCGGAUGGAUCACACAUGGCAUACCGGAUCUGCAAGCUUCGGCACCUACAGGACGCAGCCGCGUCAUAUAUCCCAAGGGCCGUGGCCUCAGAGAGCUCGAUGUGCAUGGCAUGUCUGACCAGCGCCUGCAGGAGCGCGCUGCAGAGCCGUGUCCAGCGAGAGAGAAUAGAAGUACUGCAUCAGGGCCAGGGUUACAGGAUACGAUUGGGUCCAAAAGCAGCUCGUCAGGGUGAGUGUCAACUGCGUGCGCUUUCCAUAAUGAAUCUUGCUGGGCUGACCGCCGCUGAUCAUGGAAUAAUGUUCGCGGAACCAAGGCCACGCCUGCGCCAGUCGCUGCUUACAGCAGCGGAUCUGACGCUUAUCUUCGCAGACAAACGCGAAAUCCAUGUUCUGCCCACUCUCCAGCGACAAGAGCCGACGCAGUUGAUCCACGCGACAGAGCUUGUGCGACGGCGGCUGGUAGAUUCCGAUUGCCUCCAAGUCGACGGUGACUAGUGUGUCCCAGAAAAUCGGAUGCUGGGGACCCACCGCCGAUUUGAGGCUGGCAAAGAAGUAGAGCUUGCUCUGCGCAUGGGAGAUGCAGGCUCUCGCCCAGACCCCGUCCUGGAGCGUCCGGCCGAGCGCGGCUGCCGUCCAGAUCUUCGUGGCCAUAUCGAAUGUACGAAUCACCAGACGAUUGUCCUCCGCAAUUCCCAUUAGAAUCAGACUGUUUCCAAGAAUGGCGUUGCUGGGACAGCGCAACAGAGGAAGUCGGCCAAUUGCGUCAGGUGGUGUGCUCUGCACCUGAAUACGCCCGUCGGUCAACGGAGACAGGACGUCGAUUCUGGGGCGCGAUACUUCUCCCUGGGAGAAAUGUCAUGGAGUAUCCACUUUGAAUGCAGUCCACGCACCAUGUGAUAGACAUGGAUAUCGCACAGAGACUGCUGAGUAGCGUGUUCCGAAUACGGUAGCGGGACGGGCUGCGGUGCAAUGUGGGCAAGUUCCUGGGUACGUUGUCUAAACGUUUUUACGUGCCAGCGAGAUGUCGCCACGGCCGACGUUCCGGAAUGGACAAAAUGAAGAUAAGUAUGCCGUCGGACCCAUUCGUGCUUCUCCAGAUCAUACACACAAAUAUCAUCCAACAGCUGUCCUGGAAAGUUUUCGCCCCCAAACACGAGGAGAUGGUUACCUGACACACAGCUUAAAUGAGAAUAGCGCGGCUGAAUGACAGGGAGGGAUGCAGGAAAGGCAAUAAUAGGAGGUGCGCGCGAAGGCAAAAGCCAGGAAUGUGUCGAGAGGUCGAAAAGCUGCACGUCGCUGAGAGUUUGGGAUACUUUCGAUCCUUUGCUGCGAGUCUGUCCACCGAAGACCACGAGAUAGUUCUGCC